AUGAACAACGUCGAGCCCUCAUUUGAGUGUACAGAUUGCGGGAAGAAGUUCUCAAGACGGGGCGCGCUCGAAGCUCAUUGGAACACGCACACCGGCGCCAAACCGUACAAGUGCGAGUUCCCCAACUGUGAGGCCCGCUUCGCCGCGCGCUCCAACAUGGUUCGCCACCGCCGCGUCCACGGCCAGGAAUUCGCGAACGCGGCGGCCAGCCCGAAGCACGAGACCACGUUCGAGCCGCCCAUCGUGAACGACCAGGUCGUCGACUCGCCGGGCCACGUUCAAGUUCAGUGGAUGCAGCCGAACCAGGCGUCGCGAGGGUAUAUUCGCUAUACUGUCCCUGCUGCUACUGCGGGCUUACCUUCGUCCUCGUCCUCUGCGCAGGCUCCGACCACUGCUGGCCCCCAAGACGGGCAGAGUGGCGACAGCGGCAAUCAUGGCAGUGUGUAA